AUGUCUUGGCGUGACGACGACAACUCUGGCCGUGGCAACACUGACAACUUCGGUUCCACUGGAGAUCAAUUUGGAUCCGGACAAGACACCUACGGCACCGGUAACCGCCGUAACGAUGAGACCUCCUUCGGAACUAGUGGCCAGGGUGAGGCCUUUGGCCAGGGCAACACAUACGGCUCGGGCAACGACAAUCUCGGCUCCAGUGGUAACUACGGCACUGGCAAUGACUCGUAUGAUACUGGCAACACUGGCCUGAGCGGCAACACUGGACUAGGCGGCGACACAUACGGCUCUGGAAAUCGUCGUAAUGAUGAAUCUACUUUCGGCUCCAGUGGCCGCCAAGACCAAUCAUACGGCUCUCAAGACCAGUCGUAUGGCUCCCAAGACCAAUCUUAUGGCGGCGAUUCGUAUGGUUCUGGAAACCAGCAAUCCUCGGGCUUCGGUUCCUCUGACACCUCUGGAAACAAGCGUGAAGGCGGCGGUGGUGCCAGUGGCCUGCUUGAGAAGGUGAAGGAUAAGAUGCACAUGGGGAGCGGCCGAAACCAGGGCGGUGACAACUACUAA